AUGAAGUUCAUUAAAAUUUCUCACUUUGCCAUUACCACCUGUGCCAUUGCAUUGUUCAUGGCCACAUCCUGCAGUGCUGAAGUUUGCUGGACUUUCAGUCCCUUCGAUAACCACCGAGGAGAUUCUGGUGUUCACUAUGUUUAUCCCCCAACUGAAAAAACCACGGCUAUAGAAUGUGCUGUUGACUGUGUCUCUGCUACAAGUGUCAGAGUUACUAUGUACGAAAAUCCAAGUGCUCCUGGUGAUCGUAUUGUUGAUGAAACAACCUCUUGUGGAACCACCAUUUCCCAUACAACAACCAACAGUGCACCGGUUGGCAUAGGAUUCGAGGCAACUGACAACAUUAACUUGGUCUUCACCUGUAGAUGCAAUGAUCUCAGCACCCCUGCUCCUUAUGCAUAUAAUCCCUAUCCCACUCCCCCUCCUCCUCCCUUUUGCUUUUCCGAGGAAGCCACUGUGGAACAACCAGGCCAAGCACCCACCAAGAUGACGGAACUCAAGAUCGGAGACAAGAUCUUGACUGCCAACAAUGAAUACCAACCAAUCUACGCCUUUGCCCACAAUGAUGCCACCACUUACACGGAAUUCCUCCAAAUCCACACGACAAGUGGCAACAACCCAUUGGAAAUCACCAGUCAACAUUUGGUCUAUGUGCAGGGGAAGGAUGCCCCGGUCACAGCCGGAUCCAUCAAGGUUGGUGAUACUCUUACUGAAGCUGGACAAGGAGGAGCGGCUGUUGUUACCAAGAUUGAUACUGUCCAGCGCCACGGAAUCUAUGCUCCCCUGACUCCGGAUGGCACACUUGUGGUGGAUGGCAUUGCAUCCUCUUGCUAUGUUUCCCUCCAACCCAAUGGGGAUCCCCAAACCAUGGAACUAAAAGGCUGCUCUGCAUUGUCCGUUUUCUCUCACCACCGAGUUGCCCACAUGCUCUUGACUGUGCCUCGUUUGGUUUGCAUGGGCGGGAUCAACCCAAAAUGGUGCCAGACGUACAAUGAAGAUGGUGUGGCUCUUUUUGUGCAGACGGCAUUUGAUUUGUCCGACUGGUUCCAUGCCCAGCACUGGGUGGUUCAGAGGUUCCUUUUAGCUGUCUAUUUGGUUGUCUUGUGUCCCAUGUAUGCAUUGGAGCUCUUGUUGGGUACCAAGCUGGCUGCUGCCAUGGUUGUUGGUGGAUUGGGCUUUGUGGGUUUUGUUCGUGGAAAUAAUGCUCCUGCUGCGGAACCAACCGAUGUCAACAAACAAGCUUGA